AUGAUCGCUGCGGCGUUUCUGGUUCUGCUGAGACCCCUCAGCAUCCAGUGCGUCCUCCUGCUCCUGCUGCUCCUGCUGGGGACCGUGGCCACCAUCCUGUUCCUCUGCUGCUGGCAUCGGAGGCUUCGCCAUGAGAAAAUUCCCAUAAAAUCAGUGCUGGCGAGGCGUUCGAGGAGCCGUGAAGCUGGUCUUCGAUCACACCACUUUCGAUCUGAGGGUUUUCGGCACAGCCCCCGCCAUGUCAGGAGGAACGCCCGAGUCAAAGUUUCACAGGAGAGGCCUCUCAUGGACAUACCGGAGAGUGACCCCGACUCUAGUGCUACCCUGAGGAAGCGCAAGGUGAAGAAGAGAGUCCAGCCUGAGUUCUAUCACUCAGUCCAAGUAACACCAACACGCAAACCAAGCUCCGGCUCCGCGUCCCUGCGCUGCUCCAUGUCCUCCUCGGCGGAUUUCUCGGACGACGACGACUCCAGCCUGAAGUCCGGCUCCGUGUCGCCCGCGCCCGGGGACACGCUGCCCUGGAAUUUACCCAGACACGAGCGGUCCAAGCGCAAGAUCCAGGGAGGGUCCGUGCUGGACCCGGCCGAGAGGGCAGUGCUCCGGAUAGCCGAUGAAAGAGACAGAGUGCAGAAAAAGACAUUUACAAAAUGGAUCAACCAGCAUCUCCUCAAGGUACGAAAGCACGUAAAUGACCUGUAUGAGGAUUUGCGAGAUGGACAUAACCUGAUCUCAUUACUGGAGGUCCUGUCUGGUGACACAUUGCCUCGGGAGAAGGGCCGCAUGCGCUUCCACAGACUCCAGAAUGUACAGAUAGCACUGGACUACUUAAAACGGCGGCAGGUGAAACUAGUGAACAUCAGAAAUGAUGACAUCACAGACGGCAACCCAAAACUGACAUUGGGAUUAAUAUGGACCAUAAUUCUGCACUUUCAGAUCUCGGACAUCCACGUUACUGGGCAGUCCGAGGACAUGACGGCCAAGGAGAGGCUUCUGCUGUGGUCCCAGCAGAUGACCGAGGGUUACGUGGGCGUCCGCUGUGACAACUUCACUACCUCCUGGAGGGACGGAAGGCUAUUUAAUGCUCUUAUUCACAAGUAUAGGCCUGACCUGGUGGAUAUGAGCAAAGUUUCAGCACAGAGUAGCAGAUCAAACCUAGAACACGCGUUCUGCGUGGCUGAGCAGCUGGGAGUGGCUCGGCUGCUGGACCCAGAGGAUGUGGAUGUGUCGUCUCCAGAUGAGAAGUCGGUUAUUACUUAUGUAUCAACGUUAUACGAUGUCUUCCCUAAAGUACCAGAGGGUGUUGAGGGCAUCAGUGCAAAUGAUGUCGACAUUAAAUGGGUAGAAUACCAGAACAUGGUGAAUUACCUCAGCCAGUGGAUCAAACACAAUGUGUCAGUCAUGUCUGACAGAAACUUUCCCAGUAAUCCUGUGGAACUAAAGGCACUUUAUUCACAAUACCUGCACUUCAAGGAGAGCGAAAUCCCACUGAAAGAGAAUGAGAAGACCAAAAUUAAGCAUCUUUACAAAAUGCUAGAGGUGUGGAUCGAGUUUGGUCGCAUCCAGCUGCCGCAGGGCUACCACCCCAACGACGUGGAGAAGGAAUGGGGCAAGCUGAUUGUGGCCAUGCUGGAGAGGGAGAAGAGCCUGAGGCCCGAGGUGGACAGACUUGAAAUGCUGCAGCAAAUAGCGAACAGAGUCCAGCGAGACUGCGUGGCUGGAGAGGACAAGCUGGCCUUAGCACGGGCGUCUCUGCAGUCUGAUGCAAAGAGGUUGGAAUCUGGGAUCCAGUUCCAGAACGAGGCGGAGGUUGCAGGAUACCUGCUGGAAUGUGAGAACCUGCUGAGACAGCAAGUGGUGGACAUCCAGAUUCUACUGGAUGGGAAGUUUUACUUGGCUGAUCAGCUUGUUCAAAGAGUGUCGAAGCUCCGUGAUGACCUGCUGGCCCUCAGGACAGAAUGCUCGUCAGUCUACAGCAAGGGACGCACGCUGACCUCAGAGCAGACCAAGAUCAUGAUCUCCGGAAUCACCCAGAGUUUGAACUCGGGCUUCUCUCAGAACCUGAACGCAGGCCUGAGCCCGGCCCUGACCCCGGCUCUCACGCCUGGAGCUCUGGUCACACCAGGCUCCACACUGUCCUCCAGCCUCACCCCAGCUUUAACACCGGCCAUGACCCCAGCCCUGACUCCUGGCCUGCAGCCCCCUUUGGUGGGCGGAGGAGACAUGGAAACAGGGGUCCUGCAGCACCUGAAACACAUGCAGAUCCGCAAGCCUAUGCUGAAGUCGUCGCUGGUAGACCCCAACCUGUCGGAGGAAGAGGUCAAUAUGAAGUUUGUGCAGGACCUGAUUAACUGGGUGGAGGAGAUGCAGGUGCAACUUGAUCGAGGUGAAUGGGGAUCUGAUCUGCCCAGCGUUGAGUCCCAUUUAGAAAAUCACAGAAAUGUUCACAAAGCCAUUGAGGACUUCCAGAUGAGCCUUAAAGAGGCAAAAAUUAGUGAGAUUCAGAUGACACAGCCACUCAAACAGAGUUACUCAGAGAAGCUGGGCAACUUGGAGAACCAGUAUGGAAGGCUGCUGAACUGUUCCAGAGAGAGACAGAAGCACCUGGACAGCCUGCAUGACUUUGUGUCUCACGCCACCCAGGAGUUAAUUUGGCUUAAUGAGAAAGAAGAAGAGGAGGUGGCCUUCGACUGGAGCGAGCGGAACAGCAACAUCUCCAGGAAGAAGGACUACCAUGCUGAACUGAUGAGAGAGCUGGAUAAAAAAGAAGGGAUGAUCAAGUCAGUACAGGACCAGGCUGACAGCCUUCUACAGCAGAACCAUCCAGCCAGGCUAACAAUAGAGGCAUAUAAGGCUGCCAUGCAGACGCAGUGGAGCUGGAUCCUGCAGCUCUGCUACUGCGUGGAGCAGCACCUGAAAGAGAACACCGUUUAUUUCGAGUUUUUCAAUGACGCCAAAGAGUCCAUGGACUACCUUAAGAGCCUUCAAGAUUCCAUUAGCAGAAAGUACAGCUGUGACCGCACCAGCGGAUUACACAGGCUGGAGGACCUCAUUCAGGAGUCUAUGGAUGAAAAAGAGCAGCUUCUUCAGUACCGCAGCACUGUCGCUGGAUUGGUGGGACGAGCAAAGUCCGUCGUUCAGCUCAAGCCCCGCAACCCAGAGAACCCCGUCCGAACCUCCAUCCCUGUCAAAGCCAUCUGUGACUACCGACAAAUAGAGAUCACCAUCUACAAAGACGAUGAGUGCGUGCUGGCCAGUAACUCUCACAGAGCUAAGUGGAAGGUGAUCAGUCCCUCAGGGAACGAGGCCAUGGUGCCUUCUGUCUGCUUCAGUGUGCCCCCGCCCAACAAGGAGGCGGUCGACAUGGCCAGCAGGAUUGAGCAGCUGUAUCAGAACGUCCUGGCUCUGUGGCACCGCUCCCAUAUCAACAUGAAGAGCGUGGUGUCCUGGCACUACCUGAUGAUGGACAUCCGCACCAUCCGCAAAAGCACCGUUGCCUCUAUUAAGACCAUGUUACCAGGCGAGCACCAGCAGGUCCUGAGCAGCCUGCAGUCCCACUUUGAGGAGUUUCUGGAGGACAGUGAGGAAUCGGAGGUGUUCACCGUGGCAGACUGUGCUCAGCUGGAGAGGGAGGUGCUGGCCUCGAAAGAGUACUAUGAGGAGCUGCUGAAGUCUGCAGAGAGAGAGGAACACGAGGAAUCGGUGUACAACCUCUUCAUAUCAGAGGUGCGUAACUUCCGCAUGCGCGUGGAGGCUCAUGAGGAGCAGCUGAUCCGGCAGAUCCGCACCCCCCUGGCCCGAGACGACCUGCAGGCCAGCAUUCAGCGCAUCAACGAGCAGGAGAGGAAGAAGGCAGAGUUAGAUCGGCUGAAGGAGGACCUGGAGGUGCUGAAGGAGAAGUGUGAGGUGUUCUUGAGGCAGGCUGCCAACUCUCCUUCCGUCCCCACGCUCUCCUCUGAGCUCAGCGUCCUCACUCAGAGCAUGGCUCAGGUCUACUCCAUGUGCUCCAUCUACCUGGAGAAGUUGAAGGCAGUGAGCUUGGUGGUGAAACACAGCCAGAGUGCCGAAGCUCUGGUCAAACUCUACGAGGCCAAGCUGUGUGAAGAAGACGCGGUCAACGCUGACAUCAAGUCUAUCGAUGCAGUUAUGAGCACUCUCAAGCAAUGGAGAUCUGAGAUAGACGACAGGCGAGAGGUAUUCCACGACCUGGAGGACGAGCUGCAGAAAGCCAGAGUCAUCAGUGACCGUAUGUUCAAGACGCACAACGAGAGGGACUUUGACCUUGACUGGCACAAGGAGAAAGCCGAGCAGCUUGGAGAGAGAUGGCGUAACGUCCACUCUCAGAUUGAAAACAGACUUAGGGAUCUGGAAGGUAUCAGCAAGUCUCUGAAGUACUACAAGGACACAUACAGCAGCCUUGACGAGUGGAGCAAAGAGAUGGAGGCCAACCAGCUGAAGACUCAGGAGAACCAGCCUGAGGACAGCAAAGCUUUGGCUGAGUUACUAAACCAACAGAAAGUACUUGUUGCAGAAAUUGAACGUAAGCAGAGUAAGAUUGACGAAUGCCAGAAGUACUCGGAGCAGUAUUCAGCCGGAGUAAAGGACUAUGAGCUGCAGCUGAUGACCUACAGGGCCAUGGUGGACUCUCAGCACAAAUCCCCUGUGAAGAGGAGGAGGAUGCAGAGCUCAUCAGAUGCCAUCCAACAGGAGUUUAUGGACCUGCGCACUCGUUAUACAGCACUGGUCACUCUCAUGACUCAGUACGUGAAGUUUGCAAGCGAAACACUGAAGAGGGCAGAAGAAGAUGAGAAAUCUGUUGAGGAGGAGAAGAAAGAGCACGCCAGUAAAGUUAACAAGUUAUUGAACUGGAUGUCCGAUAUGAAAACGAGCCAGAACAAAGAUGGAAAGGCUUUAGCUGAUGAUAAAGCCAGCACAGAGAGCAGUAAUAAGCAGCAGGUACCAAUGGAAGAAGUUCUGACAAAGAAGGAGCAAAUUGCAGAAGCACUGAGAAGCACUCAGCUGAUUCUAACCAAACACAGUGACAAGAUGACUGAAGAAGAAAAGCGUGAAAUGAAAGAGCAGCUGAAAUCUCUCCACCAGGCCUACAGUGAGCUCUCUCAGCAGACUGGAGAACAGGCGCCCUCUGCUGAACAGGAGUUCCAAGUCAUUGAAGGCAUUCUAAAUGUGGGAAGUGGAGCAAUCCUGUCUGUGUGUCGCUCGGUGCAGAAUGGUCUUAUUGACCAGAGCACGGGGCUCAGUCUCCUAGAGGCCCAGCUCAUAACCUCUGAGCUCAUUUUACCUGAGUUUCGCAUGUGUCUGGACCUGGAGGACGCAUUUAAGCACAACCUUGUGGAUGGGCCCAUGUAUGAGCAACUACAGGACUUGAAUGGAGCCAAUAGAUCCAUCCAGGAGGCACCUUAUGCAUCAGAACCCUUGCCAGUGGUAGCAGCAGUGAAUGAAGGGGCUAUUUCUGAACGUCUAGCCAUAAAGAUCAUUGAGAUUCAGCUAGCCACUGGUGGCUUAUGCGUGACGUACACUGGAGAGAGCCUAAGUCUAGAGCGGGCCUUUCAGUUCGGCCUGAUUCCUCACUCUCUCUAUAUUAAGAUUUUGGAAAGGCAGAAUACGUGGAAGGAUUUGAUCGACCCCAACACAGCUGAAAAAGUCUCUCUUGUUCAGCUCAUGCAGAGGAGCAUUGUGCAUGAGGAGACUGGUCUCCGCCUGCUGCCUGUGAAGCCCGGUAAAGAUGGGACGAUAUCUCUGACAUCUGGGAGGGAGAUCAGCAUCCUGAGGGCCGUGCAUGAGGGUCUAAUAGAUCGAGAGACCAUGCUCAGGCUGCUGAGCGCACAGCUGUUUGCUGGAGGCAUAGCAGACCCUAAAACAAACCGCAAACUCACAGUAGAAGAGGCCCUAUCUGAGGGCCUUAUUGAUCAGGACACUGCCAGUGGAAUUCUGAGCCACCAAAGCAAAAAUGGUGGCAUCGUGGAUCCACAUAAUGGAGCUAGACUCACAGUUGAUGAAGCUGUCCAGUGCGAUUUAAUGAGCUCCAGAAGUGCUCUGCUAGUUCUGGAGAAGCAGAAGUGUUUCAUGGGCCUCCUGUGGCCUCACUCUGGAGAGAUCCUCACCGUCUCAACAUCCUUACAGCAUGAAAUCAUCACUGAUAGACUGGCUUCUGAACUUCUGUGUCACCGUCAUAAGAUAGCAGCACUUUACAUACCAGAAAACUCAGAGGUGGUUGAUAUUGACUCCGCCGCACGGGACGGUUUAAUCGACACUUACACAAAAGAUUUGUUGAAAACGUUAGAGAUACCAGACACGUUCCCUGACGUCGACGAUCUCAAUGACAGGUUUUCGACUUGGCUGGUGAUGCGUGAGGUUCAACUUGAAGGCUCUCAAAGAACCAGUGAUGGAAUGGAAGCUGGUGAAAGCAGCAUAAGCGCCCCAUCUUCCUCAGAGUCCAAGCAGUUGUUCAUCUCCUAUCUGAUGAUGAACAGCUACAUGGACCCAAAAUCAGGUCAGAGACUGUUGAUUUUUGAUGGACAGUUAAAUAAAAUGGCUAAAGUGCUGCUAGAAGUGUCGGACACUGGAAUGAAUGAUGCUUCACAAGUGGAUAUGCAUGACUCACCAGUGGAUGAGAACUUUUCUGAGGAUGCCCUCGAGCUUCACGCUACAUGCAGUGAAGAUUUGGGAAUCUGGCAUAUUGAGAAGCCCCUCACCAAAAUUUCAGAAGAAAAUGACUCAGAGAUCUCUGUAGAUGGUGCUGAUGGAAAUUGCGUAAAACCUCUAGCUACUGGAUCUGACAGGCUCACGUCAUUUACUGAGAUUAGAACAAAUCGGAGGGUUCCUGAGGAAACUGCACUUCCAGACGCAUCCUCUAAGUACAGCACAAAUUACUCUCUCAGUGCAUCAGCGCAACCCUCUAUAGGCACACAGAUUUCAAGUUCAGAUCGCAAUGAUUCAUCUUUUAAUGAGAACUUCCCUCAGGAUGCGAAUGAGGUCCACAUUAGUUACACUAGCGAUUUGGAAAUCAUGCAUAUUGAGAAGCCCCUAGUGGGAAUUCCAAAAGAGAGUAGUUUAGAGAUCUCGACAGAAGGUGCUGAUGAAAAUGAAGGCUGUAUGAAAUCCCCAACUAGCGGAUCUGACAGAUCCACCUCAGUUUCAGGAGGAAUAUUUAACAAUUCAACAGACAGUGGUUUAGAAAAGACCUCAAUUACUGAGACAAAAGUGAAGCAGAGUGGCUCAGAGGAAGCUCCACUUUCAGGUACGCUCUCUAAGUACCAUAUAAAUGACAAUGCUAGAGCAUUAGCUCAGCCUUCUGUAGGAGUGCAGAUUCCACAUACAGAUUUACAUCAUUCAUCCCUGGAUCAGGACAACCCUCAAGAUAUGAAUGAGUUGCACAUUACUCACACUAAUAAUUUGGAAAUCAUGCAUAUUGAGAAGCCCCUGGCAAGGACUCCAGAAGAUAGUGGUUCAGAGAUGUGCAUAGAAGGUGCUGUUGGAAAUGAAAAUCGUGUCAAAUCUUUAACAUCUGGAUCUGACAGGCUAGCAUUAGUUUCGGGAGAAAUAUUUGACAGUUCAUCAGACAGUAGUUCAGAAAAGAUCUCAAUUACUGAGAUAAAAAUGAAUCAGAUUGGCUCUGAGGAGGCUGCACUUUCAGGUACGUUCUCUAAGCACCACAUAAACGACACUGCUAGAACAUUAGCUCAGCCUUCUGUAGGGGUGCAGAUUCCACAUACAGAUUUCCAAGAUUCAUCCCUGGAUCAGGACAUCCCUUCGCCCUCGCUUAACAUCUGUGCUGGUGAUUUGGAAAACGUGCAUGUUGACAAGCCACUAGUGAGAAUUCCACAAGAAAAGGAUUCAGGGAUGUCUGUAGACGGUGCCGAUGGAAAUGAAGGUUGUAUAUCAUCUCUAACUACUGGAUUUGAUAGGCUCACCUCAGUUAGAGGAGAAAUAUAUAACAGUUCUUCAGCAAAUGCUUCACAUAUGACUGUAGUUACUGAGACUAAAGCACAUCACAGUGUCCCUGAGGAGACUACACUUCCACAUGCAUCCGCUAAGUACCAAACAACCGACACUGUCCAUCCAUUAGCUCAGCCUUCACAUUCAGAUUUGCAUAUUUCAUCUCUGCAGGAGGACAUCCCUCAAGAUAUAAAUGAGUUGCACAUUGCUCACACUAGUAAUUUGGAAAUCAUGGAUACUGAGAAACCCCUAGCGAGAAUUCCAGAAAGUUGUUCAGAGAUGUGCAUAGAAGGUGCUGAUGGAAAUGAAGACUGUAUGAGAUCUUUAACUGCUGGAUCUGACAGACUAGCAUCAGUAGAUGCUUCUGUAGAAACCAUACUUCCAGAUGCGUCCUCUAGGAACCACACAAAUGAUGCAGUCAGUGUAUUAGCCAAGCCUUUGAUUGGAAUGCAAAUUUCACAGUCAGAUUUGCAUGAUUCAUCUCUGGAUGAGGACAUCCCUCAAGAUAUGAAUGAGUUGCACAUUACUCAUGCUAGUAAAUUGGAAAUCAUGCAUAUUGAGAAGCCCCUAGCUACAACUCCAGAAGAUAGUGGUUCAGAGAUGUGCAUAGAAGGUGCUGAUGGAAAUGAAGACUAUAUGAGAUCUUUAACUUCUGGAUCUGACAGGUUAUCAUUAAUUUCAGAAGAAAUAUUUAACAGUUCAUCAGAGAAAGGCUCACGUAAGUCUUUAGUUGCUGAGAUGAAAAUGAGCCAUAGUGCUUCUGCAGAAACCAUACUUCCAGAUGCAUCCACUAAGAACCACACGAACGAUGCUGUCGGUGUAUUCACCAAGCCUUUUAUUGGAAAGCAGAUUUCACAUUCAGAUUUGCAUGAUUCAUCUCUGCCUAAGGACAUCCCUCAGGAUGUGAAUGAGGUUUGCAUUACUCAUACUAGUGAUUUGGCAAACAUGCAUAUUGGGAAGCCCCUAGCAAGAAUUCCAGAAGAGAGCAGUUUAGAGACCUCUAUAGAGGGUGCUGAUGUAAAUGAAGAUAGUAUGGAAUCUCUAACAGCUGGAUCUGACAAACUAGCAUCAGUUUCAGGAGAAAUAUUUAACAGUUCUUCAGAAAAUGGCUCACAUAUCGAGGCUAAAGCAAAUCAGAGUGCCUCAGAGGAAACUACACUUUCAGAUGCAACUACUAAGUACCACACAAAUGGCUCUAUUGUUACAUUAGCUCAGCCUGCUACAGGAACACAGAUUUCACAUUUAGAUUUGUGUAGUUCGUCUCUGGAUGAGGACAUCCCUCAAGAUGGGAAUGAGCUUCACAUUACUCAUACUAGUGAUUUGGAAGUCAUGAAUAUUGAGAAGCCUCUAGCAAGAAUUCCAGAGGAGAGUGGUUUAGAGACCUCUACAGAGGGUGCUGAUGGAAAUGAAGAUAGUAUGGAAUCUCUAACAGCUGGAUCUGACAAGCUAGCAUCAGUUUCAGGAGGAAUAAUUAACAGUUCAUCAGAAAAUGUCUCACAUGUAGAGAUUAAGGCAAAUCAGAGUGCCUCAGAGGAAACUACAGUUUCAGAUGCAUCCACUAAGUACAACACAAAUGACAUACAGAUUUCAUAUUUCGAUUCGCGUAAUUCAUCUCUAGAUGAGGACGUCGCUCAAGAUGGGGAUGAGCUUCACAUUAAUCACACUAGUGAUUUUGAAAGCAUGCAUAUUGAGAAGCCUCUAGCAAGAAUUCCAGAAGAGAGUGUUUUAGAGAUCACUGAAGAGGGUGCUGAUGGAAGCGAACUUUGCAUAAAACCUCUAACUACUGGACCGGACAGUCCCAUGUCAAUUUCAGGAGAAAUGUUUAGCAACUUAUCUGAGAAUUGUUCUCAUAAAGCUUCAAUUACUGAGGUGAAAAUGAGUCAGAGUGGGCCUGAGGAAACUACACUUUCAGACGUAUUCCCUAACUACCAAACCAAUGAUGUGGACAGUACAGUUGCUCAGCCUUCUGCGGGAAAUCAGAUUUCACAUUCAGAUUUGUAUGAUUCAUCUCUGGACGAUCAAGGCUUAAAAGAGUUGCACAUUUCUCACACUAGUGAUGUGGAAAUCAUGCAUAUUGAUAAACCCCUAGCGAGAAUUCCAGCAGACAGCAGUUUAGAGAUCUCAAUAGAGGGUGCUGAUGCAAGUGAAGAUCGCCUGAAAUCUUUCAUUUCUGGAUCAGUUUCAGGAGGAAUAUUUAACAAUUCCUUAGAUGAUGGUUCACAUACGGCUUCAAUUACUGAGGUUAAAGCAAUUCAGAGUGCCUCUGAGGAAACUACACUUUUAGAUGCAUCCUCCAAGCAGCAUACAAGCGCCACUGCCAAAACCAUAACUCAGACCUCUGCAGGAGUGCAGAGUUCACAUUCAGAUUUACAGGAUUCAUCUCUGGACAAGAAUGUUCCUCAGGAUGUUCACAUUACGCACACUAGUGAUUUAGAAAUAAUGCAUAUUGAGAAGCCCCUAGUGACAAUCCCAGAAGACAGUGGUGUAGAGAUGACUAUAGAGGGUGCUACUGGAAAUGAAGUUUGCGUUAAAUCUCUAAUUACUGGGCCGGACGAUGUAGUGUCAGUUCCAGGAGAAAUGUUUAAUAAUUCAGCCAAGAAUUGUUCACUUAAAGCUUCAGUUACUGACAUAAAAACGAAUCAGAGUGGUCCUGAGGAAACUACACAAUCAGACGCAUUCCCUAACUACCAGACAAAUGAUACUAUCAGCACAUUAGCUCAACCUUCGAUGGGAAUCCAGAUUUCACACCCAGAUUUGCAUCAUUCAUCUCUCGAUGAGAACAUCCCUCAGGAUGUUAGUGAGGUUUACAUUACUCACUCCAGUGAUUUGGAAAACAUGGAUGCUGGUAAGACCCUCGAAAGAAUUCCGGAAGGGAGUGAUUUAGAGACCUCUAUAGAGCAUACGGGUGGAAAUGAAGAUCGUAUGAAAUCUACUGGGUCUGCCAAACUCAUCUCAGGUUCAGGGGAAAAACUUAACACUUCCCUGGACAACAGUUCACAUAAGACCUCGAUUAUUGAGAUGGAAACAAAUCAGAGUGCCUUUGAGGAAGCUGCAAGUCUAGAUGCAUCCUCUAAGUACCUCAUAAAAGAUGCUGACCAUACAUUAGUUCAACCUUCUGUAGAAGUUUGUUAUGAAUCUGCCGCUGAAACAACCUUGCUUUCAAAAGUAGAUGUCAAUCAAGAACAGCUUAAUCAUACAGAAAAAACAGGCCAAGCAGAAGAGCCUGCAGACUGUUCCGUACUGUCCACCGAAGUAGAUAAAAUGCUGAGAUGAUCUGAACACCCACAAUGUGAAGUCACGUGGAAUGACAAGCUUGAGAGAGCCUGUGCGGUUCAUCUUCUGAGGGCCCAAGUAGAAGAAGGAGGCAUUUUAGAUGUCACAUCUGGAAAGAGAUAUGACCUUAAUGCUGCUGUUGAUAAGGGCCUGAUCGACGAACAGACUGUGUUAGAGUUACUCGUGCUACAACUUCAACAAGAUGAUGUUGUAGGAAAUCCCGCUAUCGCAAUGUCAGUGCUAAGACAAGCUGUGCUACAAGGCUCAAUAUCACCUCGGGUGGCCUUGCAGAUCAUGGAGCAGCAGAACCUGCUAGGUGGCUUCUAUGACCCCACUUCUGGGAAAACUAUCGGUGUUACCGAGGCCUGGGAGAUGGGCCUGAUUACUGAUGACCUUAGCAGCAGUGUUCUUCACUCAGAACCAGUUCGGAAGGCCAUCAUUGAUCCAGAGGGGAAGUGCAUCCGCAGUGUCUCUGACGCGCACUGCCUGGGCAUGUUGGAUGAUGAGGAGGCUGAGAAUAUGCAACAGGAGCGUAACCAAAAGAUUGACCUCCAUGGUGAGCAAUUCGGUGAAGAAAGGCCAAGUGCUGAAAACGAAGUGGAAAGAUUGGAGAAGCUCACUCGUCAACAAACAGAUAGAACACAGAUGGUCAACAGUCUGAGCUCAUCAUUAAAGACAGUUAGCGAUACCCCUACUAAGACCUUUGCAGCAAAUGAUAGUGAUCCAGGGACAGAGAAUGUGGUUGAUCACAUUGUUCACACCAAAGAUUCACAGGACCCCCAAAAUUUGGACCUUGAAGCUGAUAGAAAUUCCAUGCUGUUUGGGAAUGUAACCCAAAAAGAGGCAGAGAAGGAUGGGGUUUCUUACGAUGCAUUGCACAAAGUUCCUUUAGACAAUGAGGCAGCAGUAAACCUGAUGGUAAGCCCUGUUCAGAGCGACUCUGGGAUAUCCUGCUCGUCGCAAAGUGAUAUUUGCUCAGAUGAACGGUUCAGUUUACUGAACUUGGGUCAGAUCAGCGACUCACAGCAAACGGCAAGAACACCCACCAGCGAUGGAUAUUCUACACACUUAAAAACUUUACUGUCAGAAGAUGAAGACGUCAAUAGAGUAAAGGAUCAUCAGCCAUCUUUAUCCUCAGGUGCCACAUUGUCUCAGUCAGCGGAGCAGAGAGAUAUGGAGAAGACAAGUCAAAAUGAGCAACAUCUGGACCUGAAUGUACUGCCUCAUUCACAAAAUGGUCAAAGAAAGAUGAAUAAGGAAGAUCCUGAUCGGUGUUCAGUUCUAGAGAAUAGCAUAAGUGUGGGAAGACCUGAGCAUGAAAGCAAGUCAGAUGAAGCCAAGAGCUCCGAAAUGUCCCAAUCCAGUCAUGUUGGAAUUAUUGACCGUAGGGAUGAUUUUGACUCUGCUGCCAGUGUUGAAACAUCUAAAUUUAUGGACAUCUCACAAGCUUUCUCCAGAGACACUACACCAGUGGUGACACCCUUGACAUUGUUGCCAGAUGUAACUCUGAGCAACACUGAAAGUGGAGAUACCAAUAACUCAAAGCAAUUAGUUGAGCACCCCACCCAGUCUUCCUUCCAGGCCCCAGAUAAAGCAGAGUCAGCUGCCAUCGACUCCAAGAUGCCUAAAUCAGACUCCUCCAUUGCAGUUAUCAGCAUAUAUGAAACAACUGGUUCCCAAAAUGCAUCAGAUAAAAUUGUGGAAUCAGAAUCACCCCCAGCUCACAAUGUAGGAAUACAGCCAUCAAACUCUGCUGAAUUGCAGCCAGAUACUGUGUUACCGAAUUCAUCUGACAAAAGUCAGCUUAAUUUUAAUACAUCUCACGACACAGACAGUGUUGAACCAUGCAGUGGAGAUGCUUUGUAUCCAAAGCCUUCAAAGACACAAGAGUUGAGGGAGGUUCCCCCUAAAAGUGACGCCAGCUCCUAUUUCAGUGAAGGGCAGAGUGAGAAUGAGAUCCAGAGAACCCAGACUGAAGCCCUUGACAGCAUUGUUCACCUCAUCCAGCAUGCCAUGCAAGGUGGAUCCACUGAGCCUGUCCUUCAAUGCCUUGUUGAAAGCAAAGAUCCAGAUUUGCUGCAAGACUUGAAGAAGCAUGAGAGAAUGAAUCCAGAAAGUGAGUGUGGUGAUGGUCAUGAACAAAGGCUUCCGGUGCUAACGCAGUCUCAGCUUCUGGAGGUGUUUCAGGGAAUUUCUGAGUGCAAAGACCCAACAGUCCUGAAAGCACUCUUUGGGAACCUCAGUGGUCUCCUGAAAAGCACAUCUCAGUCUGGCACAUGUUCAGAAAGUGCCGAGACGGAGGCCACAGCUACGAGUGAAGUCUGUAAAGAUGAUGUCUUUCAAUCAGUUUUGUCUCAGCAGUCCUUUGAGACAACAUCAACAACCCCUGAGAAUGUGGAGGAGGACCCAGUCACACCCAGAAGAUAUUCCACUCAGCAUUAUUUGGAGUGCAUUGGAAAACUCCAGGACCACCAUGAUGCUCUUGAGGAUAUUAGAAACGAUUUGUUGACCCAGGGCCCUUUGACUACUGACCUUGAGGGUUUACACUGUCAGCUACAAGAAGCUCAGUCUUUGGAGACACAGCUUGCUGCUUUUCCUGGCAUUUUAACCUCAGAUUUGGGGAGAGCUGAACUGCUUCUAAACUCUGCUGAUGAGCUCACCCCCACGCAGAUCCACCAGGAUUUGGCUGCAGCCUUUGUAGAUUUGCAAAAUACUUUCUCAGAUGUUUGCCAGUUAUCAGCUGAGCGAAGUAGUGCGAUUCUUCAGGCCAUUGACGCAGCGAAGACAAAUUUGGAGUCCACAUAUCAGGAUCUUCUCAGCCGCCUUGACAAACUGUCAGCUUGUAUUGAAGAUAAUUAUGAGAUGGUAUGUAAGCUUGACAUCAUGAACACUGAUGACCUGGAGACAGUUAAAUACAGGAUUCAGCAAAAUAAGGACCUGGAAAAGAACCUAUCUGGAACUGGACAGCAUUUGGAAGAUACAGCUUUUGAUGUCCAGUACUUUAUCUCUGAGCACGCGCAGUUCCUGAGUCCGGCUCAGAACAGACAGCUACUGAAAUCUCUCAGUGCCACACAGAGGGCCUUUAAGGAGCUGAUGGACAGAGUGUUCACUCAGAGACACACACUGGACCUCCACCUGGAGAUCCGUGAAGAUGAGAGUCUGCAGCAGACUGCAGCGGAAAAGCAGAAGGAGUUUGUAGCCAAGCUUCAGGAGAUGUGUGAUGACCUAACACAGACUGAGAACCGUCUCAUUGGCCACCAGCAACAAGCAGUACUGGCGAAGAGCGUGGGAGACCUCCAGCAGUACCAGCAAGAGCACCAGGCUUUGCAGAAAGACAUCCAGGCUAAUGCAAGUGCCUUGAAUGAAGUCAUCAGCAGCACUAAGAAGUUCCUGGAGGAGAAUCGGAGCAAACUCACACCAGAGCAGAUCGCCGCUAUUGAGCUCAAGUUGGAAGAGGCUAAGAGCAAGGCCAAUAUGCUUAACCAGAGAGCAGAGGAGUCCAGGAAAGAUCUGGAGAAAGUUGUGACGACAGCUAUCAAACAGGAGACAGAGAAGGUUGCAGCCGUGGAGCAGCUUGAAGAGAGCAAAAACAAGAUUGAGGGUCUUUUAGACUGGAUAUCCAACAUUGGGAAAGAGAAAGAGAUGGGAGGAAUGCAAAAAGACCAAGUGUCCAAACAGAAUGGAAACAUGGCAGUAGACACUCAAGGAAAAAGACUGAUUGGACAGGAGGAUGAUCCUAACGGAAAUGAACUGGACAGCACAGAUAAUAGCCCAGAAUGGUCAGGAGGAAGUGAAGACAGCAAAGAGUUGGAUCUAGACCAGCAGUAUGAGAGGGUUAAGGCUCAUCACCAGGAGAUCCUUUCCCAGCAGCAGGACUUGAUUAUUGCCACCCAGUCAGCACAGGCUCUGCUGGACAAGCAGGCAGAAGUUCUGUCUCCUGCUGAGAAAGAGAAGCUCCAGAGGAACAUCCAGGAGCUCAGGGGGCGCUACGAGGCCUCGCUGACCCGGGCUGAGCAGCAGAUGAAGCAGGUGCAGAGCGUACAGGAGGAACUGCGGAAGUUCAAGGGCGACUGUGUAGAGUUUGAGAGCUGGCUGCAGCAGGCUCAGGAGCAGGUGGAAGAGCUGGGAGCUCCUGCUGGCCAAUUGGAGGUUCUGCAAGAGAAACUUCAAAAGCAAAAAAGCUUCUAUGAGGACGUGAUCUCCCACAAGGGAGACCUGCGUUUCAUCACCAUCUCAGGCCAGAAGGUGCUGGAUGUGGCCAAGACCUGCAGCCAGGGUGAGUCUGGAGAUAAAGAGGCACUGCCGGAGGUGGACACCUCAGGAACGUGUGCUGCAGUGAAGGAGAAGCUGGACUCUGCUACCGCUCAAUACAAAGCCCUGCACACCCAGUGCAACCAGCUUGGAACCAACCUCAAAGACGUGGUUGACAAGUACAAGAAGUAUGAAGAUGCUACUGGUGGUCUCUUGACGUGGCUGAAUAAUUCAGAGGAGGAGGCGAGAAGACAGCAGUCUGAACCUAUUGCUGCAGAUCCACAGACACUACAGAGACAACUGGAAGAUACCAAGGCUCUUCAAGGGCAAACCACUGGCCACCAGGCUGCAGUGGAGACGCUACGCAAAGUAGCAGAUGCUCUCGUUGCUGUGGAGGGAGACCUGUUGACCAAUCAGGAUGAGAUUCAGGAGGCAGUGGAUGACAUCGUGGAAAGGUACGAUAACUUGUCCAAAUCAGUGAGUGACCGUAACGAGAAGCUGCAGGUGACGCUGACGCGCUCGCUGAGCGUGCAGGAUGGGCUGGAUGAGAUGAUGAACUGGAUGGAGAAGGUGGAGGAGAGCCUUGAGAAAGAAGCACAGGUGCCCCUGGACUCAGAUGCCAUCGCAGAUGCACUCAGCAAGGAGGCGGCGCUGGAGCAGGACAUCUCCAGCAGGCAGAGCAGCAUCUCAGCCAUGAAGGCCAAGGUGAAGAAGUUUGCGGAGACCGCAGAGCCAGCGGCGGCCGCUCUGCUCCAGACCAAGAUGGAGGGCCUCUCUCAGCGCUUUACGGACGCCUGCGAGAAGCACAAGCAGAAGGUGUCGCAGAUGGAGCAGCUGAAGGAGAAGGUGGAGCAGUUCGAGAAGACGUCCGAGAAGGUACAGCAGUUUGUGCUGAAACGCUCUCAAGCUCUGUCCGAGACGGAUGGACCUGGAAAGAACGUAAACGAGCUCUCUCAGCUGGUGCAGGACACAAACGCAGAGUUGGCUGAACAUGUACAGGACAUGGAGACCCUGCAGAUGCUGUCUAAAGAGCUCUCCAGCUCAGGCCUGGAAGGAAGUAAAGCUCUGAUUCAGGGCAAAAUGGCAAACCUGUCGAACACGUUCAACGCCUUCAGAGACACCGUUAAAGAGAAAGAGGAGGAGGUUUCGUCUUGCCAGGACCAGCUGGGUGACUUCAAAGCAGCUGCAGGGGUGCUAAUGAAGUGGCUGGAGGAGACAAAAGAGCAAGUGCCUGCGGUUCAGCCCAACUGCAGUGAGCAGAGCCUGGGAAAGGACCUGGACAAAGUCAAUGGCUUGCUGGAAGAAUGGACCGCUAAAGCUCCCGCUGUCCAGGAUAUAAAUAGUAAAGGAUCUGCACUGUGUAGCCUAAUCAGUGUUUUGACAUCCCCAGCCAAAGCCAAAAUGCAUCACAAAUCAGUGACUAAUGGCUCGGGUCCAGGAGGCCACGCCUAUCUGACUAACAAAGAGCUGAUGCUGGUGCAGCAGAACAUGUCGUGUGUCAGCGAGGGUUACAGGAACCUUGGCGAUUUCCUGAAGGGCCGGUCCUCAGAGUUAAAUGCUCUACUGCAGAAGGUGCGAGGAGCCCACGACGAGGCUGAGUCCAUGCUGCAGUGGCUGGAGGACAUGAAGAAGACUGCAGCGUCCUGGAGCUCUGAGCCCACAGUGAAAGACUCGGUGAAAACACAGAUGGAACAGCAGAAGGCCUAUGAGGAAAACAUGAAACGAAAACAGCAGCAGUACCAGCAGCUGAGGGAGAAGGUGCUCCACCUGAUAGAGGAAAACCCUGAUUCACCUGAGGCAGCAAAGUGGAAGCACAUGCUGGAUCAGAUAGAUGCAGGAUGGAAGGAGGUUGUGGGUUCUGUGGAGAACAGGAAGCAGCACCUGGAGGAAUCUUCCCGUGUGCUGGAGCUGUUCCAGACGACCCAGACGCAGCUCUCCCAGUGGCUGCAGGAGAAAGAGCUGAUGAUGAGCGUCCUGGGGCCCCUGUCUAUGGACCCCAAUAUGCUAAACACUCAGAAACAGCAAGUACAGAUUCUUCUGAAAGAGUUUGAAGGCCGCAAACCACAGUACGAGCAGCUGAAUGAGUCUGCUGUGGCCAUCACUAGCACAUCUGGAAAGCAAGACCCUGCAGUAGAGAAGGUGAAGGAACAGGUAGCUGCUAUCACGCAGAAGUGGCAGGGCCUGACAGGCCAGCUGUCUCAGCGCGAUGCCCUCAUCGAGCAGGCGGUGGGUAAAACCACACAGUAUCAGGAGCUUCUGCGGAGCCUGGGUGAGAGUGCAGCUGUCCUGGAGUCUCAGCUCAGUGGCCAGCAGGCCCUCAGCACGCAGCCUGAUGCGGUCAAGAAGCAGCUGGAGGACACAAAUGCUAUCCUGUCACAGCUGUGUGAGGAGAAGAAGAGGCUGAAGGAGGCAGAACGUCUCUGCUCUGAGCUUUCAAGUCUGGUGACUGAAGAGUACCUCAGAGCCAACCUCACCAAGCAGCUGGAAAGUGUCUCCAAACCUUUCAAGCUGCUUGAGGACAAAGCAGGAAACCGGAUUCGGCAGCUCAACUCUGCUUUCGCCAGCUCCCAGCAAUUCCAUCAGACGUCCAAAAACUUCCAGGACUGGCUAGACCAAAAGCUCCAGGAGCAAGCUGAGCCUCAGUCCAUCUCCGCCAAGGUAGAGACUUUGAGCGAGAACUUGAAGGAGCACAGUGCAGUGCAGAAGGCGCUUAGUGAACAUGAGGAGUCAUAUAGCACCAUCAUGAAGGAAGGGGAGGCUCUUCUGCAGAGCACAGAGGGAGCAGAAAAGGUGGCUCUCCAAGGGCAGCUCUCAGCUCUCAAGUCUAACUGGGAGGAAGUGAAGAGGAGUGCUGCGGAGCGCGAGGAAAAGCUCAACACUGCGAUGGAGAGGGCCCAGAAGUACAAGGAGCAUGUGGAGAACUUGAGCUCUUGGCUGAAGGAGUGUGAAGACAGGCAGAACAAGGUGAAGUUUAGUGUCAAUCCUGUAGAAGUAGACAGCUCACUCUCACAGGUGAAGGCCAUCCAGAAAGACGUGGACAAGCGCAGAGGUCAGAUGGAGCUGCUGAGCACAGCGGCUGAUAGCCUUCUGGAGGUGGCCACGGAAGACGUAGAUGCUGUAAAAGAAGAGAAGACAGUCAUUGGGAAGAACUUGGAUAAGUUGGCAGAAGAUUUGCAACUCAAGAAGGAAUCGCUGGAUAAGCUCUCACAGAGGCUGAAGGAGUUUAGCGACACGCACAAAGAGCUCAAAAGCCAACUUGAGGGUUCCAAGAAGCAACUAGAAAGUCACUCUAGCCUCGGUGUCCAGGCUUACAGUAACAAGAACCUGACUAAUAUGAAAGCGCAGCAGACAAGCCUAGAAGGUGUCCAGACUCAAGUGGAGCACCUUAAAAGUCUAGCUCAGGGCUUGGUGGUGGAUGUACCAGACGCCGAGGGGGUAACGGACCUCCUUCUCCAGGCAGACAGCUUGGAGAAAGAGCACAGCUCCAUCAGCAAAGCAGUCGAAGACGCCUGUUCCACGCUGGAGGACAAACUGCAGGGCAUUGGCCAGUUCCAGAACACCAUUCGAGAGAUGUUCACCAGCUUUGCAGACUUGGAUGAUGAGCUGGACAGCAUGGCCCCAGUGGGCAGAGACCUUGAAACCCUCAGACACCAACAAGGUGCCAUUCAAAGCUUCAUGUCUAAACUACAGGAUCUGAUGACCAACACUGCAAGUGCCCGAGACAAGUGCAAGAAGAUGCUAGAGUCGGAGGCCUCACCAGACCUGCUGGGCCUGAAGAGAGACCUGGAGGCCUUGAGCAAGCAGAGUGGCAAGCUGAUGGACAGGGCCAAUGGCAGGAAAGAGCAGGUUGAAGACACUUUGAAACAUCUGGAAGAGUUCUACAGCAAGCUGCAGACUUUCACCCAGAAGAUGACUGGAGCGGAAGAGCAAGAGGAAUCCCAAGGGCCUGUUGGCAUGGAGACAGAUGUCAUCAACCAACAGCUGGAGACUUUCAAGGUUUUCCAGAAAGAGGCCAUUGAGUCGCUACAAACGCAGUUGCAAGAGCUGAACUGGUUGGGCCAAGGACUUAUUCAGAAUGCCCCUAAAGGCACCAGCACAAAGAGCCUUGAACAUGACCUGGAGGAGGUCAACACCAGAUUGAAUACCCUCAACAAAAAGGUGGCAGAACGGUCGGCACAGCUCCAUGAAGCUCUGCUGCAUUGUGGCAGGUUCCAGGAUGCUCUCGAGUCUCUGCUGAGCUGGCUUACAGAUACGGAAGAGCUGGUGGCCAGUCAGAAACCACCAUCAGCAGAGUUCAAAGUCGUCAAAGCGCAGAUACAAGAACAGAGACUCUUACAGAGGCUGCUGGAUGACCGCAGACCCACAGUGGAGCUUAUUAAAAAGGAGGGGGGGAAGGUGACGGAGCUGGCCGACUCUGUGGAUAAAGAGAAGAUUGGAAGGGAGAUUGAAUGCCUGGGGCAGAGGUGGGACACUCUACUCAAGAAAGCAGAGAACAGGCGCAAGCAGCUGGAGAGCAUUUUGGUGGUGGCCCAGCAGUUCCACGAGACCCUAGAGCCAUUGGUCGAGUGGCUCACUGCUACAGAAAAAUGCCUGGCCAGCUCUGAGCCUAUUGGCACCCAGACCUCCAAGCUAGAAGAGCAGAUCAGGCAGCAUAAGGCCUUAGAGGAGGAGAUUAUAGGCCGCAGUAAAAGCUUGUACCAGGCCAUGAGUCUGGGACAGUCGCUGCGGACGGUCAGCUGCAUGGACGAUAAGGAGCUGGUCCAGGCGAAGCUGGACAGCACUCAGAGCAACUACAUCGAGCUCCAGGAGCGCUGCCGCAGGAAAGCAGACCUGCUGCAGCAGGCGCUGGCCAACGCCCAGCUCUUUGGGGAGGAUGAGGUGGCUCUCAUGAACUGGCUCGACGAAGUCCACUGCAGGCUCAGUGACGUCUCCGUGCAGGACUACGCGCCGGACGUGCUGGACAAACAACAUGCUGAGCAACUGGCGCUUCAUGAGGAUAUUGAGUUAAGGAGACAGAAUGUUGACCAGGCCAUGCAGAAUGGACUAGAGCUGCUCAAACAGACCACAGGUGAUGAAGUUGUGGUCAUUCAGGGCAAACUGGAUGGAAUAAAGACAAGAUACGCUGAGAUAAGCACAAUGAGCAGCAACGUGUUAACGACGCUGAACAAGGCCCUGUCUUUGGCAACCAAGACGCAGCACACGCACGAGGAACUGAGCUCCUGGCUGGAGAAAGUGGAAUCUGAACUGGCCACGUUCAGAGCUCAGGAGCCAGUGGGAGAGCAGCUCACUCAAGUGCAAGAGAAGCAAAAGGCCCUAAUGAAGGAGGUUCAGGAGCGUAAGCCAGUGGUGGACACGCUGAAUGAAGUGAGCAGUGCUCUGCUGGAGCUGGUGCCGUGGCGCGCCCGAGAGGGUCUGGACAAACUGGUCACGGAGGACAACGAGCGCUACAGGUCUGCUAGCGAUGCCAUUGCUCAGCGUGUGGAUCAGACAGGAGCAGCUAUCUUAAAAUCACAGCAGUUUGAGCAGGCAGCAGACACCGAGUUAGCCUGGCUGACUGAGGCAGAGAGGAAGCUGUCAUCUCUAGGGGACAUCAAGCUGGAGCCGGAGCAGACCACAGCUCAGCUGCAGGCUCAAAAGGGCUUCUCCAUGGACAUUAUGAGGCAUAAAGACGCUGUGGAUGAUAUCGUGAAGACAGGCGAGGCGAUCUCGAGCAGCAAAGACGAGGCAGAGAAACAGGCUCUGAAGGCGAAGGUCCAGUCUCUCCUGGAGAAAUACAACGCGGUGAGCCAGCUGAACUCGGAGCGCUGCCUGCAGCUGGAGAGGGCCCACUCUCUGGCCUGCCAGUUCUGGGAGACCUACGAGGAGCUGUGGCCAUGGCUGCAGGAGACCCAGGCUAGCUUCACCCAGCUUCCACAGCCUGCCAUUGAGUAUGAGACUCUCAGACAGCAACAAGAGGAACUGCGGCAACUGAGGGAGCUGAUUGCAGAGCACAAGCCACACAUAGACAAGAUGAACAAAACCGGCCCUCAGCUGGUGGAGUUAAGUCCGGUGGAGGGAGAGCCCAUCAGGGAGACGUACCAGGCCACAGACAAGCUGUAUGCCCAGCUAAAAGCAGAUGUCAAGCACCGAGCUGCUGCCCUAGAUGAGGCCAUCUCCAAGUCUACCCAGUUCCAUGAUAAGAUUGACCCCAUGCUGGAGUCUCUGGAGCGCAUAGCGGAGCGUCUGCGUCAGCCCCCGUCCAUCUCUGUGGAAGUGGAGAAGAUCCGCGAGCAGAUUGCUGAGAACAAAGCUGUGAACAUGGACCUGGAGAAGCUGCAGCCCUCUUAUGAAACUCUGAAGCAGCGAGGAGAAGAAAUGAUCACUCGCUCAGAGGGAGCAGACAAAGACCUGUCUGCUAAAGCUGUUCAAGACAAGCUGGACCAGAUGGUAUUUGUGUGGAACGACAUCCAGGCUCUUCUGGAGGAGAGGGAGGCCAAACUUCUGGAUGUGAUGGACUUGGCUGAGAAAUUCUGGUGUGAUCACUGUGCUCUUAUCGUCACCAUCAAGGACACACAGGACCUGCUAAAAGAGCUUGAGGAGCCUGGAGUGGACCCUUCUGUUGUCAAACAGCAACAGGAGUCCGUAGAGGGCUACAGAGAGGAGAUUGAUGGACUUCAGGAGGAGCUGAACGUGGUCCAGAAUCUGGGAGCAGAGCUUAUGACCGCCUGUGGAGAACCCGACAAACCAGUAAUCAAGAAGAGCCUUGAUGAGGUGAACAUGGCAUGGGAGACCCUGAAUAAGACAUGGAAGGAGCGAGUGGAGCGACUGGAGGAGGCCAUGCAGGCUGCUGUACAGUUCCAGGAUGGUCUUCAGGGCAUGUUUGACUGGGUGGAUAUUUUGGAGGGCAAACUGGAUUCAAUGUCACCCGUCGGCACAGACCUGGAGACUGUGAAGCAGCAGAUCGAGGAGCUGAAGGAGUUCAAAGGCGAGGCGUACCAGCUUCAGAUCGAGAUGGAGAGGCUGAACCACCAAGCAGGGCUGCUACUGAAGAAAGUACUGGAGGAAGCAGACCGCAUUGCCAUCCAGGAGCCCGUCAGUGAGCUCAAAAUGCUCUGGGACAACCUGGACGAAAAAGUCAUCAACAGACAGCACAAGUUGGAAGGUGCUUUGCUGGCCUUAGGGCAGUUCCAGCAUGCUCUAGACGAGCUUCUGGCCUGGCUCACUCACACUGAAGACCUGCUUAGCGAACAGAAGAAAACCAGCGGGGACCCCAAAGCCAUCGAGAUAGAACUCGCCAAGCACCAUGUGCUGCAGAACGAUGUCCUGGCCCAUAAGAGCACUGUGGAGGCAGUGAACAAGGCGGGCAGCGAUCUAAUGGAGUCCAGCGAAGGAGAGGAGGCCUGUGGCCUGCAGAGCAAGCUGGAGAACCUCAACCAGCGCUGGAGGGGCAUCCUGGAGAAGACUGAGCAGAGGAGGCAGCUUCUGGACAGCGCUUUGCUCCAGGCCCAAGGUUUCCAUGGUGAGAUUGAAGAUAUGCAGCAAUGGCUGAAAGACACAGAACGUCAGCUGUUAGCAUCAAAGGCGGUUGGAGGCUUACCAGACACGGCCCGCGAGCAGCUUAACGCCCAUCUGGAGCUGUGCAGUGCAGUGGAGGCGAAGGAGGAACUGUACCAGCAGCUUCUUCAGAGAGGUCAACAGCUGAUAGCCCUGACGCCGGAGGGCCAGGACAGCACCACCGAGCAGGACCUCCGCAACCUGCAGGAGAAGUGGGAGUGCAUGCAGGCCAAGGUGGCCGAGAGGAAGGGAAAACUUGAGGAGGCGUUAGCGAUGGCCACAGAUUUCCACAACUCCCUGCAGGACUUCAUCAACUGGCUGACCCAAGCUGAGCAGACCCUGACCAUGGUCUCUCCAGCUUCCCUCAUCCUGGAGACUAUUCUGUUCCAGAUUGAUGAGCACAAGGUGUUUGUGACAGAGGUGAACUCGCACCGGGAUCAGAUCAUCGAGCUGGAUAAGACGGGAACCCACCUGAAGUACUUCAGCCAGAAGCAGGACGUGGUGCUGAUUAAGAACCUGCUGCUGAGUGUGCAGAGCCGCUGGGAGAAAGUGGUGCAGCGCUCGGUGGAGCGAGGACGCCUGCUGGACGACGCCAGGAAGCGCGCCAAACAGUUCCAUGAGAGCUGGACUAAGCUGAUGGAGUGGCUGGAGGAGUCGGAAAGGGCUCUAGACUCAGAGCUGGAGAUCGCCAACGAUCCGGACAAGAUCAAACUGCAGCUGGCUCAGCAUAAGGAGUUCCAGAAGGCUCUGGGUGGCAAGCACUCUGUGUAUGAUACCACCAGCCGCACCGGCCGGGCACUGAAGGACAAAACCUCCCUGCAAGAUGACAACCAGAAACUGGACGACAUGCUUUGUGAACUCAGGGAUAAAUGGGACACGGUGUGCGGCAAGUCUGUCGAGAGGCAAAACAAGCUGGAGGAAGCUCUCCUGUUUUCAGGCCAGUUCACCGACGCUUUGCAGGCUCUGAUCGACUGGCUUUAUAAAGUAGAACCUCAGCUGGCAGAGGACCAGCCCGUGCACGGAGACAUCGACUUGGUGCUGAACCUCAUCGACAGCCACAAGGUGUUUCAGAAGGAGCUGGGGAAGAGGACGGGCUCCGUUCAGGCCCUGAAGCGCUCGGCCCGUGAGCUGACUGAGAGCAGCCAUGACGACUCGUCGUGGGUGAAAGUUCAGAUGCAGGAGCUGAGUACGCGCUGGGAGACGGUGUGCGCCCUCUCAGUGUCCAAACAGACUCGUCUGGAGCAGGCCCUGUGUCAGGCAGAGGAGUUCCACUCGACUGUUCACAUUCUGCUGGAAUGGCUGGCUGAAGCAGAACAGAGCCUCCGGUUCCAUGGUUCCUUGCCUGAUGACGAGGAAGCCCUCCGAAGUCUCAUCGAACAGCACAAAGAAUUCAUGAAGAAGCUGGAGGAGAAGAGGGUGGCUCUGGGCAAAGCCACCAGCAUGGGCGAAGCUAUCUUAGCCAUCUGUCAUCCGGACUCCAUCACCACUGUCAAACACUGGAACACCAUCAUCAAAGCGCGCUUCGAGGAGGUCACAGCAUGGGCACGGCAGCAUCAGCAGAGGCUGGCCACUGCUCUCAGUGAGCUUCUGGCCACUCAGGAGCUGCUGGAGAGUCUGCUGAGCUGGCUGCAGUGGGCUGAGACCACGCUGACGGAGAAGGACAAGGAGGUCUUGCCUCAGGAGUUAGAGGAGGUCAAAGCGCUCAUCGCGGAGCAUCAGACCUUCAUGGAGGAGAUGACCAGGAAACAACCAGACGUGGACAAAGUUACUAAGACUCAUAAGAGGAAAGCCACUGCAGAUGCUCCUGUUCAGUCUCAGAUUCCUGUGCUGGACAAAGGAAGAACCGGCCGGAAAAGAUCCCCGACCCAGGCUGUGUAUCCAACGGCAGCUCAGGCUCAAAUCGAGACCAAGAACCCCCGAGUUAACCUGCUGGUCAGUAAGUGGCAGCAGGUUUGGCUUCUGGCCCUGGACAGGAGAAGAAAACUUAACGAUGCUCUGGACCGACUGGAGGAGCUGAAAGAGUUUGCCAACUUUGACUUUGAUGUGUGGAGGAAGCGCUACAUGCGGUGGAUGAACCACAAGAAGUCACGAGUCAUGGACUUCUUCCGCCGCAUCGACAAGGACCAGGACGGCAAGGUCACCAGACAGGAGUUUAUUGAAGGCAUUCUUUCUUCGAAGUUCCCCACCAGUCGACUGGAGAUGAGCGCUGUAGCAGACAUUUUCGAUCGUGAUGGUGACGGCUACAUCGACUACUACGAGUUUGUGGCUGCGCUGCACCCCAACAAAGACGCCUACAAACCGCUCACCGACGCUGACAAGAUUGAAGAUGAGGUGACUCGCCAGGUAGCAAAGUGCAAGUGUCCUAAACGGUUCCAAGUGGAGCAAAUUGGUGCCAACAAAUACCGGUUCUACCUUGGAAAUCAGUUCGGAGACUCCCAGCAGCUCAGGCUGGUGCGAAUCUUGCGCAGUACCGUCAUGGUGCGAGUGGGAGGAGGCUGGAUGGCCCUGGACGAGUUCUUGGUCAAGAAUGACCCGUGUAGAGCUAAAGGCAGGACCAACGUGGAGCUGCGGGAGAAGUUCAUCCUUCCAGAAGGCACCACUCAGGUGAUGGCCAGCUUUCGCUACCGAGGCCGAAGGUCACGGCCGUCGUCGAGGGGUGCCUCACCGAACAGGUCAAACUCCAGCCACAGCUGUCCUGCACAGCCUAACCCAGCUGCUCCUGGUGCAUCCAAGACUCCACAUUUAACGCGCAAUUAUGAUAAACCCUGGCUGACAAACAGCAAGUCAGCUACUCCUCUAAAGUCUUCUGACUCCUUUGAAAGCCAAGGGUCAUCCAACGAGAGUACACCCAUCCAAGGCAGUAAGCUCCGUCUGCCUGGCUAUUUGUCAGGGAAAGGCUUCCAGUCUGGAGAGGAGGGCACCCUGAUCAAUGCUGCUGUUCUGAAGGCCAAAGGUCAGGCCAUUGGCCACAGUAAGAUUCCCAGCAGGCCGGGCAGCAAAGCGGGCAGCCGCGGGAGCAGCCGCAGAGGAAGCGACGCCUCGGACUUCGACAUCUCCGACAUCCAGUCCGUCUGCUCAGACAUGUCAGAGACGGUGACGGACUCAGGGAGGCCCACGCCCCGGUCGGCCUCCCGCCAGCACGGGGGCAAACCUUCCAAAAUCCCCACCCCACAGAGGAGGAGCACGCCCACCAGCAAACUGGCCAAGACCACCAAAAGAUAGUCAGUAGCCUGACUUCGGUAGCAGAGAGGACCAGCGUAGACCCCCACAGCACUGUGCUGGCACACACUGGACAGAGACUGGACACCCGUAGACACUACAGACUGCAAAACUACCGUUAUUUAAAAACAAAAAAAAAGAGUGUAGCAAGAUGUAAAUUAUUCUGUGGCAGAACCGCGGAGAAUAAGGAGUGCGAGUGGAACGUGAUGGUUUUGUGUAUUUUGUCCUGUAUUUUUAUGUUUUUGUGAAUAAUGUCGUGUCAGAUUAUUAUUUUAUUUUAUCGCUGCUACACCCGGAGAGGUUAGCACCAGUGGGAAAGAAAGACUGUACGUCGUGAAGCAAACUAACACAGUUUUCCACACCGUUUGAGCUGAUAGAGAAGCUGAAUGUACUGUAACCUCCUCAAGCUGACCUGCUUGUGAGCAAAUUGGUAUGCCACUGUAUUCACGCCGGGGCACCACAACUAUUUAUUCAUCUAUUUAAAGUGCAAUGAUGUGCUGCUGAUAACGCAUUUUAAAGGGCAAUACAAUACCUUCAGCCGUAACCAUAGCAACUGCCCGUCUUAAACACUACAGAGAACCUUGGUCAUGGCCUUUCGAACAGUCCGUCAUACCCACCUGCCGCGUUCGCCAACGACUUCAUCAACUCCUAGCAUUGUUUGUGUGCCAUUUAACCUUGACAGGAACCUUCCAGGGUUCCUAUUAGUAGAUAUUCAUAAGUGCAUUCAUGUCUGUGUACUGUAUGGUUCUUUUUUUUUUUUUUUUUUUCUUUGCCUGAGUGACAGUGGCUUACUCACAACCUUUUUGUAAUAAAUCUGCUUGCAGAACGCUAUGACGGCAUAUAAAAGCAAAGCCGCCUCGUCUGUUUUCAUCUGUUCGGCAUGUUUAUGGAGUCUGCGCUGCAUCCGAAACAAGGACGUAUUGUGUCGGAUGCAGAUGUAUGCUGUAACGUUUUAAUGAGUCUUAAAUAGUAAAUAAGACGUUUUUACGGGACAAA